CAAAUUAGGGCAUCCAAACUCAAAAAAGGAAAAUAAAGAGGGCUCGCUAGAACAAUAUCUAAUUUAACAAAAUAUCCCCAUUUCUAAGUUUGAGAUCUGAGAGAGAGAGAGAGAGACGCCACCAACCAAGAAGCCAGUCUCAGGAUUCUUGAUCGAUUAAUCGACAUUCGAUUAGCAUGGGGAGGGGAAAGAUUGUUAUCCGAAGGAUCGACAACUCGACGAGCAGACAAGUGACCUUCUCAAAGAGGAGGAAUGGGCUGCUGAAGAAGGCUAAGGAGCUGGCGAUUCUUUGUGACGCUGAGGUUGGGCUCGUGAUCUUCUCUAGCACCGGCAGGCUCUAUGAUUUCGCUAGCACCAGUAUGAAGUCGGUGAUUGACAGAUAUAACAAGACGAAAGAUGAUCAGCAACAACUAGAAGCCAAUUCAAACUCAGAGGUUAAGUUCUGGCAGAGGGAGGCAGCGAGCUUGAGACAGCAGCUUCAGAGCUUACAAGAACACCACCGGCAGUUGAUGGGACAGGAUCUAUCUGGCUUGAGUGUCAAAGAUCUGCAAAAUUUAGAAAAUCAACUAGAAUUAAGUUUACGUGGCAUCCGGAUGAAGAAGGACCAAAUCAUGAUGGAUGAAAUCCAGGAAUUAAAUCGGAAGGGAAAUUUCAUUCACCAAGAAAAUAUGGAACUUUACAAGAAGAUGAAUCUUAUUCGUGAAGAAAACAUGGAAUUACAUAAGAAGGCUUAUGAACAAAGAGGGAGCAAUGGUAGAGUUACCAGUGGCUCACAUGUUUCAAAUGAUGAUAGUACAACUGAGGACGGAGAAGUGCCUGUUCACCUUGAACUAAGCCCACCACAGCAACAAACAGAAAGAUCGCCGUCAGAAGCUCCAAACCUAGGCAGACUUCAAUUAAAUUAAGAUGAUUACGAAGUCCAGGAGUUUCACAUGAUUUUCCAACAACAAUGCCAGAGGGAAGCCUUCAAAAAUCAUGAUACUAAGAGCUUAUAUUUUAUAACUGAAUAAGAUCAAGAGGAAUACCAACUGUUAUAUAUGGUUUCAUAAAGACAAAGUAAACCAGGUAUUGUGAAAACCUAUUUGAUACUUUGAAGAUGAUUCUGAGAAUUUCAUUUA